AUGAAAACUCCAAUCAACUUUUUCCGUGGGCACCCAACAUCUUCGCUAUUGCCAUAUGGUGAGAUUGCAGAGGCAUCAGUUCGUGUCAUGAGGAAGUUCCAAGAAAGACCUGAUCUUUACGAGUUUGACGGGUCAGAUAAUAGAGGCCCUCUGGAGUAUGGGAAUGACUUUGGAAAUGACGAUAUUCGAGAAAUUAUAGCCAAAUGGAACGAUUCAUGGUUCAGAAAGUCAUCAUUUCCGUUCUCAGAAACUGAUGUAAAUGUUAUCAACAUCACAGGCGGGGCAUCAUCUGGUGCCACUACUAUUUUGAACCAAUGCACCCACCCAAAGGUGACUAAACAGGUCUUCGUUGUGACUCCUACGUAUUUUCUCGUCAAUAGUUUGCUCAUUGAUGCUGGACUUGGCGGUAGAUUGACUGCAAUUGAGGAAGAUGAUCAAGGGCAAAUUGACUUGGAAGAGCUGGAACGUUUGCUGAUUAAGUUCACUGAUCCGGAUGAAAAAACCACUAUUAAUCAAGACAUCAUGAGCGACAAUGUCGAGGGUGCAACAGAUCCUUCCCGUGCUCCCAGAAAGUUUUAUCGUUUUGCCAUGUAUUUGAUCCCCACGUUCAGUAAUCCAAAGGGAGGAGUGUUAGACUAUGAACAUAGAGUGGCCCUAGUGGAACUGGCCAGAAAGUAUGACCUGUUGCUGAUAUCUGAUGACGUCUAUGAUUACUUGAGAUAUGAUGGUAGUGAGCUUUUGCCUAGACUAUCCACUAUCGAUAGAGCUACUCGCACAUCUCGAUACGGGAAUACAGUGGCCAAUUGUACUUUCAGUAAACUUGUUGGGCCAGGUUUAAGAGUAGGUUGGCAGGAAACCGCAUCCCCACAUCUGACGGAAGUAUUAUCACAGGGAGGUUUUGUGAAAUCAGGAGGUGUUGCAGGACAAAUGUCGUCUUUCCUGGUAGCUGAUCUGAUUAGUACAGGAACAAUAGACAGAAUAAUUCAUCAUCUCAAUGAAGUUUACCAACUUCGAGCCAAAACUUUGAAACACCUGCUAGACACAUAUCUGCCCAAAGGUACAACAUAUACAGGAGGCAAUGGAGGAUAUUUCAUGUGGGUAACCCUUCCGGACAAGUACGACACCCGCUCAAUUGUUCAAGAUUUGAGUGCAAAUUACAAUGUUUUACUUGCUAGUGGAGACAAAUGUGAAGUAGAAGGUGAUCCCAGACACUGGGGGCUUCAUUCCGUUCGUUUAUGCCUUAGUUAUCUUCCAGAAGAGGAAAUGACCGAGGGAGUGAAAAUCUGGGGUAAAGUCUGUGAGGACCAUCUUAUAGGUUAA